AUGUUUGACAAAAUUUUUAAACUUCUCGAGGAUCCCAAAUAUCCAUGUCUCGGUCCGCAUUUGCGUCUGCUAAGCUUAACUGGCCUCUGGCAUCCAGUGCUCAACCAUAUAACGCGGUUUAAAAUAACUCUGUUCUACCUUACAGUUGUAUUUUUCUUCAGCCAAUACAUAAAAUGUGUUAUUUUCUUCAACACGGAUUCAGUGAAACUUAUCUUACAAUACAUGCCAUUUCAUAUGGGAAUCGUGAAAACGUGUUUUUUCUAUAGACAAUACGACAAAUGGUGUCAGAUGAUCGAAUUUAUUUCUAAUCUAGAGACUCAUCAGUUAAAAGAAAAAUGUCUCAACCAUCUUCAGAAAGAUUACAUUAAACGUAGUCGUAGGGUAACCUAUUUCUUCUGGGCACUAGCAUUCUUCUCGAACUUUAGUAUAUUCUCUGAGCCAUAUCGGAAAAAUCAGUCGAUCGGAAAUGGAACAAGCACUUACGUGUACAUAUUCGAUGGCUAUACUCCAUUCAGUCGUGUUCCACCUGGUUAUUACUGUUCAAUGUUCAUACAAACUGUUUUCGGACAUAUUGUAAGCGCUUAUGUCGUGGUAUGGGACACAUGUGUCGUGUCUGUAAUGAUAUUCUUCGCUGGACAGUUGAAAAUAUUUCAAGCGUACAGCAGUAAUAUCUUCAACGGAGGUAAUGUUGUGAAACAUCACCAGCAAAUUGCCAAUUGCCAUUUCUUUUACACGGAGCUGGUAAAGUACCAGAAAUUGUUCAACUCUUUGAUAUCACCAGUCAUGUUCGUGUACUUGAUAGUAAUUUCCGUGAGCCUGGGAGUGUGUAUAAUACAAAUAGUUGAGUUACAAGACGAUAUCGGGGCGCUAUUAUCCGCCGGUUUAUUCCUGAUCGCUUGUCUAAUUCAGCUUUUGAUAUUUUAUUGGCACAGCAACGAAGUCACCAAUGAGAGCCUUUAUGCAUGUUGCGGUCCUUAUGAAAGCAAUUGGGUUGGUGCCGAUUUAAGAUUGCAAAGAGAGGUCGCUUUGCUGAUUGCAACAACAAAUAGAAGACUAAUUUUCAAAGCUGGUCCUUUUAACGAAAUGUCGCUCUCCACUUUUGUUUCGAUUUUACGGACCAGUUACAGUUUCUUCACACUUCUGAAUGAAACUGCGAGCAACAAAUAAGUUUUCCUUGAUUACUUCGAUUAAUCCUUUAAGUAACAGGAGCCACAAAGUGUAGCGUAUUUUUUCUACCCGUAUUUAGCAAGUUAAAGCAAACCAAUCAGCGUACUGUAUGCACGAACUUCAAACUUCACGUCCACACGAACUCAUAGUGUAAUUUUGGUAAAGCUUCAGAACUACAAGUUUAACUUUCAUCUGUUUUUACGGGAUAACAGCAUACAACUUCAUAAGCCUUCCUGUUCGAUGUUAUGAUAAUACUCCCACGAUGACAUCAAGCGUCAAGAUAUUAUUACGAACUGACUCACCAAUCUAGGUAGGUUCACUUAAUCGAAAUUAUCUCUAAACUGUCUGAAGAUUGAAUACGAUACAAUCAGGCCGGUAUUUAACUCUUACCAAGUUUGACAUCGUUCCCAGUUGCCAAGAAUCCGCAGUCCAAAUCGAUUACAACUCGAAAUUUCUCGUUAAUCGAUUCUGAUUCAGCGAGUUUUCGAUUGAAAUGGUAUGAGGUACGAUUCGAUUAAAUGUUUGUAACGUAAGUUAUAUUUGCGUGGCGAGUACUCAUGAGCUAUCGCUAAUAAAGUUUGGAUAACUACGAUAGUUGAACGUGUACCGUCAGCAGCAGAAUCAUGGAUGGACUGAAUGAAAUAUAUCCUGCGGAGUGUGAUGAACAUUAGAUUAUUAGAACACUGCAGUCAUUUCACUGCAUAAUUCAAUAUUAAAACGAAUU